AUGAGAAAAGUAAUACUUUUUAUAGCUGCUAGUAUAGAUGGUUUUAUAGCAAGAGAAGAUGGAAAUAUUGAUUGGUUACCACCAAUUAAUAAUGAAAAUAAUGAUGAUUAUGGAUAUAAAUCAUUUUAUGAAAAUAUCGAUGUUACGUUAAUCGGAAGAAAAACUUAUCAACAAAUAUUAACUUUUCCUGGUCACUUUCCUUAUCCAGAUAAAAAAAAUUAUGUUUUUUCUCAUGAAAAACAAAAAGCAAAUGAAUUUGUUGAGUUUGUUAAUGAUGAUGUUUAUGAAUUUGUUAAUCAAUUAAAAAGCCAAUCUGGUAAAGAUAUAUGGUUAGUUGGUGGUGCUCAAUUAAAUAAAACAUUACUUAACUUAGGUUUAAUUGAUGAAAUUAUAUUGACUAUAAUUCCAAUUGUUCUUGGUAAAGGUAUUCAUUUAUUUGGACAACAAUCUAUUGAACAGCAAUUUAAAUAUUCCGAUACAAAAAUAUUUCCAUCUGGUUGUGUUCAAAUCAAGUAUACUAUUUAA